UUAUAGAAAAAUCUUACUGAAUGUAAUGAAAAUACUUUUUUAUGUGUUCAGUUUGAAAUGCCAAAAAGGGUCAGCCCCCUUCAGGAUGCCAUUUGUCAUGUUACCUCAAAGACUGACAAGACAGACAAAUUGUGCAUCAAGUACAUUGAUGCAGUUAAAGGACGUGGUGUUUUUGCAAAAGCUGCAAUCAGCAGAGGUCAAUUUGUUGCAGAAUAUAGGGGUGAUCUGAUAAAUGAUUCAGAAUAUCAGUGCAGAAGAAGAGUUUACCACCCAUCAUGUGCUGCAUUUAUGUUUGCAUUUAAGUGGAGAGGAAAAACAUGGUGCAUUGAUGCUUCAAGAGAUGAUGAAUCAUUUGGGAGGUUGGUAAAUGAUGAACACAGACGGCCAAACUGUAAAAUUAAAAGGAUUGAUGUGGAAGGAAAGCCACACCUCUGUUUGUUUGCUGUGGAAGACAUUCAAGAAGGAGAAGAAAUAAAUUAUGAUUAUGGAGUUGAUGACUGUCCAUGGAGAACACAAAUGAACGGCAUUAAGGAGAGUGAUUUGGGAAUAGAGACCUCUUAUUCCUCCAUGAUUAUGGAUCAGAUGGAGAAUGUUGCAUGUCAAAACAACUCUCAACAGAUGGCCGCCUUUGAGGACUGUGAUUUGGCUUUAGAGACCUCUCAUCCCUCCAUGACCGUUGAUCAGUUAGAGAUUGCUGCUGUUCCAAACAAUACACAACAGAUGACCACCAUUAAUGACAGUGCCUCGGCUUCAGAGACCUCUCAUCCUUCCAUGAGUAUGGAUCAGACUGAGAUCUCUACUUGUCCAAACAACACUUAACAGGUACUCUCACCUACAUCAC